AUGUAUUCAAAUGCUACUCAUCUUCGAUCGGAAUUCCAUUCACUCGCCAACCCGACACAACAAUCGACCGUGAUCGGUUCGAAUGUUGAAGAAUUGGCACAGUCAAAUUUCGACGGAGGAGUGGACGGAAUCCUGACACCAGGCUCCCAAUCUCACAUAACUAGCCUAGAGCCGUCUCUACAAGAUUCCAGUCAAGAUGUGCCAUGGGUCUUUGGCAACUCGAAUACCCAAAUUCCGGCAUGGUUUGCAGACGACGACUUUGAUAUCGGCGCUCUGAAUUCGGAAAUUUUGAUAUCAACUGGUAACUGGUUAACCCCCGGAAACUCCGACCAAUACCAAAAUGAGCCUGUAGGCGAUUCUUCGCGACAGCUUGUGGAGGAUAUAAUUCCAUCACGGGAAGAACUGGUACAAACGCAUUGGUACACGUUCAUGGGGGCAUCGCAAACGGGACACAGCACCCCAGAGAUUGGCCCGGAGCCAACACAGUUGGAUGAAGCAUACCGGGCUAACCUGGCUGUGAAGCUUCAGCCUCAUGUGCCCUUCCUACCACUUCCCUCCACGGACUUUCUGUGGGAAAGAUACUUCUCGAGACAAGGACCUGAGACAACUGCCAUGAUUCAGGCCUCUCUCAUAGGCCAGACAUUUGGAGUUUUAUCUGGGAGAAAGAAGGAUCUACUGAUCGCACAAACAUUUCAUGGCGCUCUGGUUGUGUGGUCUAGGAGGACAACUACAUCCAAGUUAAAAAGAGCAUCUGACUAUAUCAGCUUGAGCGAGGUCUUCCGCACACCAGAAAAGGCCUGGAAAAAGUGGAUUCAGGCAGAAGAACAGAACCGGCUACUAGCGGGUAUUCAUAUUCACGAUGUCGAGAUCUCAGAGCUAUUUUUGACAGAUCCCUAUCUGCGACAUUCACCAGAAAAACUCCCACUACUGUCCGAUGAUGACCUAUGGGCUGCAACAAAAGUAGAAGACUGGAGCCGAAAGAUAACGAAUCGCCUUUCAGGCUCGAAUAUGCAUGAAAACCAUUUGAGGCCACCAGAAACAAUGGCCGACCAGUCCCCUCUACCGACAUUCACCCCACGGAGCAACGGCUUCCACGCGCAUCUUGAGCUCGAGGGACUUGGCACAUCAAUAAUCGAAGCCAAAAAUACGAAUAGCUGGACCUACCGACAGCACUGCGAGGACAACCUGAUGAUCUUUCACGAGUCGUACAUCGCCAACAGAGAACACACCCCAGAUCCGUACUGCCUACCCGUUCUAUGGCACUCGAUCUUCUUUUCACUAUACGCCGACACAAAUCGACUGGAAUUAGUAAUCGGCAAAGAGGGCUUUACUGAGGCCCAAAAUCACGUAGAUUACGCUCGCUCCUGGGCCUCAUCCCCAGACGGUCAACGCUGCGCGCUACACGCCGCACUAAUCCUACGUGAAGCCGAAAAGAAGAACAUCGGAACCGAGCCACCAAUCCACGUCCCGCGAAUAAUAUUCCGAGCAGCACUAAUUUGGUUUUGCUAUACGUGCUUUGGAUCCGACACGGCGAACUCGGAUCAGAAUCCGGAGUUUCCAGAGCUGCAGAAGAUCUGUAUUGAUUAUCACAGGCUGCUGUUUGAAGCGAAUGGGUUUAGAUCUUUUCGCCCUACGGCAUCCGAGUCAAGUACUUUCUGUAGAUUGGUGGAUAUCUUGCCAAGGGUUGGUCAUUGGGGGAUUUCGCAGCUGUUUACAUCGAUUUUGGGCUUACUGCUUCCCGAUGUUAAGGACGAUGAGAGGUAUGCUCGGUGA